AGAAACACCGUCGAUCCGUCUUUGUGUGACCACGAGUUCGAACUCUUUGCUGGUGUUCAUGGACAACAAAUUGUUGUGGAACAGCCAAACAGAGGAUACAGUUGUGGCUAUCAAGCUCAGCAGUUACAGGUUCCGGUUGACAAUCGUUUCAUUGACUUCAAAGCAAAAAUUCAAGAGAUGCGUGCAAUUGAGGCCUCAAUCAAGGAUACGGGUACGAUAGGUGAAACCACGUCGUUGAAAAUACCAUUCUUCGUCGGUGAUCGUCUUCCUAUUUCGACUACCGUACAUUUGGCCGCCCACUGCUCAGGAACACAAGCAACAGCGUUUGCCUCAGUUCGCCUUCCAUUUGCCAUGAUGUUCGCCGAGACGUCCCCAGAACGGAAUGCUUCUUACAAACUCACUCUAGACUCGGACCAACCUUGUCUGGCACUCAACACACUCUUCACCGAAUUUCAAACGGAAAACCCGUCAUCAAUUGGUUUUCGGGUUCAUGGACACGAUGCUACUGUCUCGGUUUUCGCUGCGCACAAAUCCAGUUGGACAUUUUUUUUAAAUUUUCGAAAAAUCCCCACCAAAUACAACAUUUUUGAUGUGGUCAUUGAAGUAAUUGGAGGACAGUGGUCGCGAUAUAAUCCCGUGGGGCAGAUGGGAAAAAGAUUGCACAACCGAUAUCGGGUCCAGACCGACCAUCCACAGUUGUUAAAUGUGGUCGUCAGUGAGCUUGUCGAGCGUAUCCGUUUGCAACAGCCUCAUGCUCAACUUCAUGCCAAUAUUCCAAUGAGCUACAUCAACACCAAAUUGGAAGAGCUCAUAGAACUGGAGGCGAAAAAUGACGCCGGUAAGAAGGUGAUCGGAGAGCGAUCCCGAGAAAUGCGAGCAAUCGAGGCACUGAUCCUCAGCAAGACCAGAAACACCAAAACCAGAAACUUGUUCGCAGCGAUCGAUGAGUUGAACACGGUACGCGAACGUACACAAGAGAUGCAGCUCACUCUCGCAUCACUAUUCGAUCUGGUCGCCCUUCUGAUGCACCUCGGUGGAGCGGAAAUCGCCCUCAAUGGCAAUUUCAUCACUGAUACAGAACAGACACUGGAAGACCGCCUAUCAUACGCGUCUCAUGUAUCGAAUGAUCCUUCUCGUGCGAUUGCAGUUCUCUGUCAGCACACAGAAAAGGAGCUUCCUCAAAUUAAAGAAGAAGAUGUUGAAGAAGAAGAUGAUUUUGACUAUUGUGGUUUCGCGCGUUAUCAAUACGGGAACAUAAAACGU